AAUCAUGGCAAGUCCAAGAACAAGGAAAGUUCUCAAGGAAGUCAGAGCACAAGAUGAGAACAAUGUCUGUUUUGAAUGUGGUGCAUUUAACCCACAGUGGGUGAGUGUGACCUAUGGAAUUUGGAUCUGUCUUGAGUGCUCAGGAAAACACCGAGGCUUGGGAGUUCACCUCAGUUUUGUACGUUCUGUAACCAUGGACAAGUGGAAGGAUAUUGAGCUGGAGAAAAUGAAGGCUGGAGGUAAUAGCAAAUUUCGAGAGUUCUUGGAGUCUCAAGAUGACUAUGAUCCCUGCUGGUCAAUGCAAGAGAAGUACAACAGCAAAGCUGCAGCUCUUUUUAGAGAUCAGGUAGCUACAGUAGCUGAAGGCAAGGAGUGGUCCAUUGAAACUUCUCCUGCCAGGAACUGGACCCCACCUCAGCCUAAAAUGUCUCUUUCUUCCACUCAUCGUUCUGCUGGACAAUCUCAGAAUACAACUGCCUCUUCUGACAAGGCUUUUGAAGACUGGUUAAAUGAUGAUGUCAGCUCCUACCAAGGUGGCCAAGAGAAUCGCUACGUGGGGUUUGGAAACACAGUAAACCCUCCGAAAAAAGAGGAUGACUUCCUGAAUAAUGCUAUGUCUUCAUUGUACUCGGGAUGGAGCAGUUUUACGACUGGAGCAAGCAAGAUCGCCUCAGCUGCUAAAGAGGGUGCUACCAGAUUUGGAUCUCAAGCAAGUCAAAAGGCAGCAGAGUUAGGUCAGACAUUAAAUGAAAAUGUUCUCAAACCUGCACAGGAAAAGGUGAAAGAGGGGAAAAUAUUUGAGGAGGUCACCGUGGGGGUAUCACAGUUGGCCAGCAAGGUUCAGGGAGUUGGAAGUAAGGGAUGGCGAGACGUCACCACUUUUUUUUCUGGCAAACCAGAUGAUAACUCUGAAAGACCAGCUGAGGGAGACAGCUACCAGAACAGUGGAGGGGAGGGCUACCAGAACAAUGCUGUAGAUCAAAGCUUCUGGGAGACCUUUGGCAACUCAGAUCCACCAAAAGCUCAUAAAUCUCCAAGCAGUGAGAGCUGGACCUAUGUGGACAAUUCCACAGAGAAGAAGAGCUCUGAUAGCUGGGACGUGUGGGGCUCAGGAACAGUCUCCAACAACAAGAACAGUAACAGCGACAGUUGGGAAAAUUGGGAGACCAACUGGGAAAACACAGGAGGGGAGAGCAAGACCAAAAAACCUCCUAAGGCAACAAAAAAGGUGUCUUCGGAUGACGGGUGGGAUAACCAGAACUGGUAGAACUCUGUUAACCCUGUUUUGCACAGCUAGGAAAGGGAGGCUAUGCUGGCUGAUUGAGGGGAGAAAGUUUUACACACAACUGGUGUAUCUUGGUUGACUUUACUGAUCUGUUACUUUUGUGCUUCCCAUUCAUUCUCCUUUCUUCUGUCCUGGUUUAGGGAAAAAAAAAAAAAGUAGCAUCUGAAUCUUUUAUUACAUAAAAGUGUCUCUCCCUUUUUUAAGGAUAAUGAUAACUAUAUUCUCCUUGCACUAUUGAAGCUGGGUACAGUGACUUUCUUAACACGAAUGUUCAAAGGAAAAAAAUCGGUGCAAGCACACUGUCAUGGCACAACCUUGCAUGUGUAGGUUAAUAGGUAUUCAUCCAGUCCUCAUAUAAUUUGAGAUGACCUGAGGUGUUUAAUGCAAACAAAGGACAGGGUGUGUCUUGAAAAGAUAGCCAUUAAAUGAGCAAACUGCAGUUGAAUAGAUCUAGUUCAAAUGCCUUAUGGAUCACUCUGACCGUAUUAAGUCUGGCAAUUCAAGAUGGUCUUUAAGAUACUUUUUAUUGGAGCUUUGUUUUUAAACUUUAUGAGAUUUUUUUUUUUUUUAGUCUUUUAUCCCCUUGUUUUAGUCUUAUUUUAUCCCCUUAGAAUUAAUAAGGAAUCUAGAGCUGGAUAGUUAUUUGUGUAAACUCAUAGUUUUGACCUGAGCUAUCAAGGGAUAUCCAGAAUGGCUCUACUUGCCCUUCUUGCUCAAUGCAUUAAGAGUUUGCACAGUGCAGCUCUUCUACACGGAUAAAAUGCAAAGCUGUGGUGUUCUCCUGCCUUACCUACACCCUUCCCCCAGUUUGAGUAUUUUAUAUAGUCUGUUUUUUCUCUGUCCUCUUUCUUCUACCGAUCUAUUUUAUCUAUUCUGAUAAAAGUGAAAUCUUUCUGCUGCUUAUGGCCUUUUGGACAUCUGUUUGGCAACUUGGCAGUGAAACAAAUUUAUAAAAAAAGAUUCCAGUAAGAAAAAAUGGGUGGAAAAUAUGAGAACAUUGAGGAGAGAGGCUGGCAGCAAGCCCCUUUCAAGAUGAGUAGAUGUCUGGAUUUAAUAGUAAAAUUUAAAUUAGACAGCUGUUUUCCAAAUUAAUCUUU